CUAUUUUCGCGGCGCACGGUUUUGUAUAAUCGGGAGAACGUUAGAUGAUCUAUGUUUAGCCUAAGGAAGGUGAAGGAAAUAAUGUCACUAAAUGGAAGUAGAAAUGAAAGAGGACAUGGAAAGAAAGGGACCAGAAAAAGGAGACAAUACUCCAGGGAGGCACUAGAGACAGCUGUAGAGAAAGUAAAGGCUGGAAUGAGCCUUAGAGAAGCUUCCCGUGAGUCAGGGAUUCCUCACACCACUCUACAAGAUCACAAAAAGAACAAAUAUGCCUUGGCCCCUCACCCCAACCUGGCAAUAACCACCGAGGAAGAGCACUCCCUAAUAUCUUAUGUCCUCUGGAUGGCCGACCAUGCGUUCCCUAUCAGCAGGACUGUGGUGAAGGCUCUGGCGCUGGCCAUCAUCAAGGAGAGUGGUCGUAGCACCGUCGUCAAUCUGGAAAGGGGACUGAGUGACAACUGGUGGUCUAGAUUCAGGGCUCGCCACCCUGAGCUGAGCGCCAGGGUGCCCGACCCGCUCCACCGGGCCAGGGUACAGGGAGCUACUCCUGCCGCCAUCAAGGGCUUCUUUGAUGUCUACGAGCCUAUCUUCGUCAGCCACGGCUUAGAACACAAGCCGCACCUCAUCUUCAACUGCGACGAGAUGGGGUUUUCGGACAAGCUCAAGUCCGGGGAGAAAGUUCUCUGUGGAAAAGGCAGGAAACACAUCUAUCAACAACAGCAGCAGCACACCACUAGGGAACAUAUUACUGUGCGCUGCUGUGUGAGUGCAGCUGGUGAGAGUAUCCCGCCUUUUAUAAUCUUCCACAAGUGCCUCCCCAGUACGGCCUAUGCCCUCGAGGGUCCACCGAAGGCCCUGUAUGGUGUGUCCCCUAAAGGCUACAUGGACGCAGAACUUUUCCUGAAGUGGCUGCUCUUCUUCGUGAAGCACGCCCCAAAGGAGAGGCCCCUGGUGCUCGUAGUGGACCACCAUAAAACUCGUCUGUCCAGGGAGGUGGUCAAGUUUUGCCGGGAAAAUCAGGUGGAGGUGGUCUGUCUGCCGGCCAAUACCCACGUGUUGCAGCCAUUGGAAAUCAGCGUCUUUGGCCCGCUGAAGACUGUGUUCGGCAGGAAUGCUGCACGUCUAGGUCUGGUGCGGGACGAUCUUGUCAUCGGCAAGAAGCACUUCUCCGCCAUGCUGCGAGAGGCCUAUCCCCAGGCGGUCACUAAGAAAAACAUUAUGGCUGGGUUCAAGAAGGCAGGGAUUUUCCCCCUCAACAGAGAGGCCUUUGACUCCUGCCAGCUGGUGAAGCUGGAGCCGACCACCCCCGACCCCAACGCAGCAACCUCAGAGGCCACUGCAGGAACCCCCGACCCCAAAGCAGCAGAGACCCUCGACCCCAAAGCAGCAGAGACCCCCGACCCCAAAACAGCAGAGACCCCCGUAACCCCAGCAACGACCACGUUUCUUGUCCCGGGUGGCUGCUGUUCGACCUGCGGGCAGCGUGCCCCUCCCACAAACCCUUUGGUGGCCGCAGGACUCGUCUCUCCAGACCCGGCCAAUGUCCUGGUGCCCCCAGUCUUCCAGACAUCUAACCGGCAGAAAGUGAAGCGUCGACUCCUCCUGCCGGAGGACUACAACAAACUCCUUCAUCGACAGGAGGCUGGAGAGAAGGAGGAGCCGGAGAGAAAGAGGAAGAGGGAGGAGCUGCAGAGGACGAGAGAGAAGAGAGAGUCCGGCAGAAACAACAAAGUGAAAAGGAAAUGGCAGGCUGAGGGGGCUGUUGAGCCGAUGCAGAUCGAUGCUGACCCCCAGGAAGACCAGCAGAAUGCUCCAGACACCAACUAUGUGGUGGAAAACCCCACACUGGACCUGGAGCAGUUUGCGUCCAGCUACAGCGGUCUGAUGCGUAUUGAGAGACUGCAGUUCAUAGCACAACAUUGUCCCCAGCUCCGGGCCGAGGCCCUGAAGAUGGCCCUGUCCUUCGUCCAGAGGACCUUCAACGUAGACGUGUACGAGGAGAUCCACCGCAGACUCACCGACGCCAAGCGACAGGCGCAGGGUGCCCCUGACGCCGUGCCUGAUGGGCCGGCGGAGGCCCCUCUCCUGGACACAGCCUGGGCAGAGAGCACCAGGAAAAAGGCCCUUCUCAAACUGGAGAAGCUGGACACUGACCUCAAGAACUACAAGGGAAACUCCAUCAAAGAGAGCAUCAGGCGGGGUCAUGAUGACCUUGGGGACCACUAUUUAGACUGUGGAGAUCUCAGCAAUGCCCUGAAGUGUUACAGCCGAGCCCGAGACUACUGCACUAGUGCCAAGCAUGUCAUCAACAUGUGUCUGAAUGUCAUCAAGGUUAGCGUUUACCUCCAGAACUGGUCCCAUGUACUUAGCUACGUCAGCAAGGCAGAAUCCACUCCAGAGAUAGCUGAGCAACGAGGAGAGAGAGACAGUCAGAACCAAUCUGUCCUCACCAAACUAAAAUGUGCUGCGGGUUUGGCAGAGCUGGCCUCUAGAAAGUACAAACCGGCCGCCAAGUGCUUCCUCCAGGCUUCAUUUGACCACUGCGACUUCCCAGAGCUCCUGUCCCCCAGUAAUGUAGCGGUGUAUGGAGGGAUGUGUGCUCUGGCCACCUUCGACAGACAGGAACUACAGAAGAACAUCAUCUCAAGCAGCUCCUUUAAGUUGUUUUUAGAGUUGGAGCCCCAGGUGCGUGACAUAAUCUUCAAGUUUUACGAAUCAAAGUACGCAUCCUGUCUGAAACUACUGGAUGAGAUGAAGGUAAGGAAGAAAACAGUUUAAUGUGGACAGUUACAGGCUGACUAGAUGAUAAUGGAGAAGACAGAGCUGGCAGUUACAGGCUGACUAGAUGAUAAUGGAGAAGACAGAGUUGGCAGUUACAGGCUGACUAGAUGAUAAUGGAGAAGACAGAGCUGGCAGUUACAGGCUGACUAGAUGAUAAUGGAGAACUGUUUAAUGUGGACAGUUACAGGCUGACUAGAUGA